AUGGCUAACGAACAGACAAAAAGCGUGCCGUCGUCAAUAUCGUUUCCUGGCUCAUUUCCCGAAGAAAUUGUGGAGCUGAUAAAUUGUCACGGGUUAGAUGUUUCAGACGUUGGACAGGUGAUAAACUUCUUAACCAACAGCGGGCUGGCGCAGCUAGUGGAGGACUCGGAGAAGCAGCUCAACCUCGUUUUUACGCAAAGCAAUACUGUGGAUGACGAUUCCCGGACAAUUUCACUAACUUUUUUUUUCAAAUCGUGCUUUUUUAUACAGUAUAGUGUACUGCCUGCCGUGCCUGAUUUGCCGGACGAUAGCCAAAGCAAGCAUAAUCCGCUGCCACCUGCUGAUAGUUGUGGGGAAGAAACGACAGACCCAUCGAGCGAAACUCCGGAACCACCCGAGGAACCACCAAGGCCUACUAAAGCCGAAGGUGGAGCGCAAACGGAACCAAACGGGACUUCACAAGUGGAGAACCUUGAAGCAGAAACAGAUGCACAGGCGGACGAACAAGCUCAUAAAAUUUCCUCGAAACCAAUCGAACUUCCAUCCAGUUCAAAGGCUGCUGAAAAUAAAACCGAUAAACCGGCUAGCACUGAAGCGGGAGCAGCGUCCGACAAGAAUCAACAGGAAUUUCAUUCUACCAAAGAGAAGAAAAGUGAUCAAACCAGCACCGACGAUUUAACGCCUGACAGAUUGCUAGCUAUUCUUCAAAACUCGCCCGUAGGAAAGGAUAUAAUACGCCUGGCAGGAGAAGGUAUCUUAUCGGAACGUCGACAGCAAGAGCUAGCCGAAUUUGUAGCACAGUGGCACCUUUCCAAUAAGAAAAAGUUGGUGGAAGCGGAUUUACAAAAGUACUCUUGGUCUGUUACUUCUCUGUUCGAGAACGAGAAAGUGGUAAGAAAAUUUUUUGACAACUUUUCCAAAUGAAUGUUGUUAACAUUUUUUUGCAAUUUCUAAUCGUAAUAGGCUGUUUUACCUCACGCAAAUCUGACAGGAAAAGGCCUACUUUCCCUCACCAAAUUAACAGUGCUGUAAUGGUUCAUUACAGCACUGAUUUGCGUUGCGUAAUGAACCAUUACAGCACUGUUUUCAGUUUUGGUCAACUU